GCGGCCGCCCCGCCAACCCCAUUCCUGCAGAGUCCCCCCCGGGUUUAGGCACGGCGGCAGGGGGCUGCAGGCUUGGGGGGGGUCCUUGGUGAGCAGCUGCCUGGCGAGGGGGACUUCCACCCCGGGGUUUGGGUGUGGAGGUGGAGACACGAUGGCAGGGAGGCGUAUCGCAGUCGUCUUCUUCCUCUUCAUCACGCAAGCCUGCGCACAGCCUGGUCCGUUGGAGGUGGUGGGGGUUGUUCAUGGGGUGGCGUAUCUCAGCCCCAGCCUGCAAGACGGAUACCCCCAAAUCCACUGGCGGCGCAACAACACUCUGAAAAUCGCCAGCUAUGAGAACGGGCAGGAGGUCCAGUACCCCAGCACCACCUACAAGGGACGCCUCAAGCUCUUCCUCAACUACACCCUCAAGAUCAGCCACCUGCAGAAAAGCGACAGCAGCGUGUACCAGGUCUACCUGGAGGACAAGAAUGGCAAGGAGCACAUUGAAAGCAUCCUCCUGAAGGUUUACGAUCCAGUCCCGAAGCCCACUGUGAAGGCCAAAGUGAUCAAGGAUGAGCCGGCACUGUGCAAAGUCGCCCUGGAGUGCUCGGUGGGGCUUGAAGGGGUGACCUACGAGUGGAUCCCCCCCAGGAAGCUCCUGCUGAAUAGUUCGGGUGGCUCUGAGCAGCUCGUCUCCUUCAACCCCUCAACAGAAACCUACAUCUGCAAAGUCAGCAACCCCGUCUCCUCCAACUACGCCUCGCUGACCUACAAGCACCCCUGCUCCUGGAUAGGUAUCACCCCCCACCGCCACGGUGCUCACAGGAGAUGGCAAAACUCAGGUGAGUCCUCGGCUGCUGCAUCCCGCACCGCCACCAGCGUGCUGGUGGCACUGGGACACGUCCUCCUCCUCCUCCUCCUCCUCCUUGUUCUGGCUUGAGGACGCUCUGCGGUUGACAUCUCUCCUCGUCUCAUCACCCCCCGCUGCAGGACCAGUGCCUGGAUGAGGCCCCCAAACUGGCUGGAUGAAGAAAGGUGUGGUUGCUCAAGGGACCCGUCACAACCAGUGUCCUUCACACCAGCACCCACUGUCUUGUCCACCGCCACCUGCUUCCCACCAGCCCAGUCCCUGGCCCCUGCCUUCAGAGUUGCCUCAGUUUCUCUCCUCACCUUUUCUGCUUGGCUUUAAUCAGAGGUCACGUUCUCCAGAUCUGGGCAAAACGGUCAUGAAGUUUGUUGCAAUGGUGUUUUGAGAAGCCCAGCAUUUUAAAUUUCUAAAUUAAUCGUUAUCUACUUGGAAAUCCUCCCCUCCCCGGCCCUCGGGUCUGUGGGGAGACCCAGUCUGAGCCUUUCCUGGGGCUCCCCGUGGAUCUGGGGGGUCCUCGGCCAUCGCCUGCUGGCGGUGAUGCCCUCUGUGGCUCUGAUGAGCAGUGCGGGACAUUGCACAACGUGUUUAGCCUGAAACCAGUUACACCAGCACGGGUGCAACCGGGUGCUGCCCAGCCUGCAGGUCAGAGCUAGCACGGCACCUUUGGCUUUCUCUGCAGGGGGGAGUUUUGCAGCGCAAGAACGGUUUCUUCCUUCAGAA